AUGUGUGCACAGAGCAGUUUGCUGUCCUGGGUGGAUAUCUACCUGGUGCUGGCUAUUCUCCCAUGGCUGCAAGUCACUGACAGCUCAGCAUUAGGGGAGACCGCAACGCUAAUAUGUGAAUUGUCAUCGUCACUAGAUGUCCUGCAAGUGACAUGGCAGGUGGACAAAGAUCAGAAACAACAAACCAUUGCAACCUACAGCAAAAAGUAUGGGGAGAAAAUUGUGAACUCUAGGGCUAACUAUAAUCUUAUUAGUCACAAAGAAUCGAACAUAUCAACCAUCACUAUCUCGGAUUUGAAGAAGCAAGAUGAAGCCUGUUAUGUUUGUAUCUUCAAUGCAUUUCCUCAUGGCGCCUACAAGGGCAAGGUUUGCCUGACGUUUCCCGAUGAGUCAGGGUCGCUGCCUGAAGUAAAAUGUAGAAAUUUAAAUCCACCAGCAUUAGGGGAGACAGCAACGCUAAUAUGUGAAUUCUCAUCGUCACUAGAUGUCCUGCAAGUGACAUGGCAGGUGGACAAAGAUCAGAAACAACAAACCAUUGCAACCUACAGCAAAAAGUAUGGGGCGAAAAUUGUGAACUCUAGGGCUAACUAUAAUCUUAUUAGUCACAAAGAAUCGAACAUAUCAACCAUCACUAUCUCGGAUUUGAAGAAGCAAGAUGAAGCCUGUUAUGUUUGUAUCUUCAAUGCAUUUCCUCAUGGCGCCUACAAAAGCAAGGUUUGCCUGACGUUUCCCGAUGAGUCAGGCAAACUGCAAAACAUAGAGUCCAGCAGAGAGAAACAACAACAGUUUGAUAAAAUAUUCAAAGACAACAAAUCUACGAAGAAUGAUGUGACUCGCUCUGAAGUCACGUGUUCCUCUAGCGACAGAAAUAUUAUUGAUAUCGAUGUGAAACCUGAAGAAAUAAUAGACCUGGAGCUAACGGGAAACGAUGCAGAUAGGAAAUGGAAAUUCACAUAUGAAGAACAUGCAAUAAGACCAUCCUGUACUUUUCACACCCAGAAGCUCAGGAGAAGGAAGAGAGCUCUUUCAGAUGAGGAGGAUGGCAAAAUUAUAUUCGCUAAUUGUUCUGUUACUGGAAAAGCACCUAAAAUUAUCUGGGAAAAUGAAGUAACCCCAGUUAGUACAAUGGAAUAUGAACUUAAAAAAGAUGGCAUUGUAACAGUUACCAGUGUUCAUGGGUAUUUACAAUCUUCUCUUCAUGAUCAGGAAAUAAAAUUAACAUGUGUUAUCACCAGCAAGAAUAAUAUAGAAGAUAAAGUAUACAAAGAAGAGGAGGAAUGGAACAAUGUUUCUAUUCUCUUCAUUUGCAAUGUUUGCUCUGGCUUUGCCUUUUCUGGACUGGAUUAG